AUGAAGCCUUGGAUCCUCCUUACCUGGGCCACAGCCGUGGCCUCUUACGUCGUCAAUAACAACAACACCUGCACAUUAUACCCCGAGUCCCUCACCCAUGAUGGAGAGGACGUUGACGAUGCGCCAUCUAUCCAUCAAGCAUUCGAUAUCUGCGGAAACGGCGGGACAGUGAUCUUUUCAAACCACACAUUCAACAUCAAUUCCAUCCUAAAUACCACCAACCUCGUGAACUGCGAAGUCUUGCUUCGUGGCGAGCUUCGCUUCUCCGACGACAUAUCGUACUGGCGCUCUCACUCUUACUCAGUUGUUCUUCAAGACCAAUCGACAGCGUGGCUUUUCGGCGGCACUAACGUCACCCUACGCGGCGAGGGAGGCUGGUACAACGGAAACGGACAAGCAUGGUACACAGAGAACCGGAAUGGUGCUAAUCAACCCGGACGUCCAAUUAGUAUCACUUUCUUCAAUUCGACGAAUCUCCUGGCAGACCAUUUGACGAUUAUCCAACCGCAGUUCUGGGCGGCAUUUGUCUGGCAGAGCAAGAAUGUCUCCAUCACGAACUUUUUUGUUAAUGCUACGAGUGAUGAUCAGUGGGAUACUACCAACACUGACGGCUAUGAUUCCUGGAAUAGUGAUACUUUGCUUGUUGAGAACGCAUUUAUCACUAAUGGGGAUGACUGUAUUGCCGCAAAGGGUAAUACCACGAAUCUGCUAGUCAGAAAUGUCACCUGUCAUGGUGGUAAUGGUAUAACUAUUGGUUCUGUGGGUCAAUAUCCGGAUAUGCCCGACUACGAUGUCAAUAUCACUUUCGAAGAUGUCAAGUGCGUGAACUGUAUGGACGGUGCCUAUAUCAAAACGUGGCAGGGUGUCUCCGCAGACCACGAUUCAAACGGCGACGUCGGAGGUGGAGGUCGGGGUUUGAUCAAAAAUAUCACCUUCCGCAACUUCGAGAUGGAUAACGUUGGUCUUCCGAUUCAGAUUUCUCAAUGCAUCUAUACCGAGGAAAGUAAUAAGUACUGCAAUACGUCUAAGAUGCAGAUUGAGGAUGUGACCUGGGCGAAUAUCCACGGUACCUCGCGAUAUAAUAUUGCGGCCUCAAUUUAUUGUUCUGAGGCACACCCUUGUCCGAAUAUCUCUUUUGAAAAUGUGGAUCUUCGAAGUGUCAACCAGACAAAGGGACUGCCUGCGUAUGGAACAAUUUUGCAGCAUGAAGUUUUCCAGUGCACAAAUAUCAUCGGGGAGGGCAGCUCUGGUAUUCCUUGCAAUCAUGUUGCGCCUAACAAUUUUAGUCAGGGUGUUUAUGAUAAUGUCAAGAGCUAG